UCUGACUCUUCCAAUCGAGAAUCUCUCUCUAUGACCACAGCUCGGAAUUCAUUCCUAUAUCAAUGGCUGAAGGAAACUGGACAAGAGUUAGUGAGUUUAUCCUCAUGAGUUUCUCUUCCCUACCUAGUGAAAUACAGUCAUUACUCUUCCUGAUAUUUUUAAUCAUCUACCUGGUCACCCUGCUGGGAAACAGCCUCAUCAUUCUGGUUGCCUUGGCUGACCCCAUGCUGCACAGCCCUACGUACUUCUUCCUCAGGAACUUGUCUUUCAUAGAGAUUGGCUUCAACCUAGUCAUUGUGCCCAAGAUGCUGGGGACCCUGAUUGCCCAGGACACAACCAUCUCCUUUCUUGGCUGUGCCACUCAGAUGUAUUUCUUCUUCUUCUUUGGGGUUUUUGAAUGUUUCCUCCUGGCCACAAUGGCAUAUGACCGCUAUGUAGCCAUCUGCAAUCCCUUGCACUACCCAGUCAUCAUGAACCCUAAGACAUGGGCAAAACUGGCUGUUGCCUCCUGGUUUCCAGGCAUUCCCAUGGCUACUGUGCAGACCACAUGGCUCUUCAGCUUUCCAUUCUGUGGCACCAAGGUGAAUCACUUCUUCUGUGACAGCCCACCUGUGCUGAGGCUGGUCUGUGCAGACACGGCACUGUUUGAGAUCUAUGCCAUUGUUGGAACCAUUCUGGUCGUCAUGAUACCCUGCUUGCUGAUCCUAUGUUCCUACACUUGCAUCAUUGCUGCCAUCCUCAAGAUUCCAUCAGCUAAAGGGAAGCACAAAGCCUUCUCUACCUGCUCCUCCCACCUCCUUGUUGUCUCCCUUUUCUAUGUAUCUUUAAGCCUCAUCUAUUUCCACCCUAAGUCCAAUAAUUCUCCUGAGAGCAAGAAGGUGCUAUCACUGUCCUAUACUGUUAUGACUCCCAUUUUGAACCCCAUAAUUUACAGCCUGAGAAAUAAUGAGGUGAAGAAUGCCCUUGUCCAGACCUUCUACAAGGCCCAAGGCCUUAGAGACUGCAUCCCAUAGACAUUAAGAAAAAGACUAAAGUCUUUCGAAUAGGGAACAAUCAGUUUGAUAUUUAGAAUUCCUCUGCCUCUGCCUAUCUCCAUUGUGAUGAAACCCAGCUGCUGAAAUGACUAUUGGAAAGCUCAGUGAAAACAGCACAGAGGUAGUUUAGACCUGUCACCACCACCUGGAAACCUCCUCUGCCUGCCCAUUAUGGACUUACAUUCUUUUUCUUAUCAUCAUUUUAACUUCUGUGGCCAAGUAAUUCCAGAUAUUCACAUUCCUGUGUGCACACUGUGAACAGUAUGAAACUGCUUAUAAUCCUAACAUGGGAGCACACAGAAUAAAAGAGGGCACAACCCAUCAAAAAUCACCUUGUGACUUUGUCUUCCUUUGGGCAAAUCUGACUGCAUUCAUCAGAUAGGAAACCCUAUGAGUCCUCCCAAUGCAUAACUCUCCUCACUGCCUUAUUUUAGUUCUCAUGUCCUUGAGGGAGUGUUAGUUCUUUCAAGCUCACUCAUAUGUAUUGUAUGGAUAUAGGACAGUGGGUCAAUAAUUCCCAUAUCUAUACCUUUGUAAAUCCAACAAUGAUUUAUUCCUCAUUCUAUUUAUCCCAGGAAGAAUGACCUGAGCUUCCACAGACUCUCUCUCUAGAUUUGGGGUUUCAGUGGUUAUUUGUUUAAUGAUCAU